CUCACUCUCCUCUCUAUAUAACUCUCAGACUCUCACAUUACAAAACAAAACAAAAAAAAAACAAUUUUACAGCAAACUUCAAAAUCUUCUCUCUUUCUUCUGCCAACAUUCAUACAGACGCGACACCAACGCACCUCCAACAACAAAAAAUCUCUGAAACUGUGAUCCAUCUGCACAAUCUCCUCAAAACUCUUCUCCAUACAAUUUUCUGUUCGUAUUCGCUCGCACCGAGAUUUCUUAGUUGAUUCCGAUGCCCCAUUUUCCUUUUUCUGCGCUGCAUUUGUAUUCUGUUCCAUUGCUCCUGAUCGGUGGAUGCUGAUCUCACUGAAAAUGGCGGAAGGGGAAGGGUUAUAAUCGAGAGAUUGAGUUUAUUAUGGCGGAUUACAAAAGUAAAUAACAAACGGACAUCAAAAAGGAAGACGCCCCUUGUCGGCAUAACUAGUAACUUUUUCUUUCAUCUUUCUUAGCUAGGUUUGCAUAAUUUUAGGAUCCUCAUUCAUUCAGUUGCGGUGUCAAUUCAUUCAUGCGACUAUUCAUUUGAUUGAUUGUUGCAGGUUAUUACGGUGGAGUACUAAAGUAAAUAACUCGUGUGGACAAGAUGAUAUCAAUAUUAGAUGUCUUGAGGGUCUAAACACAAAUAGUUUCUUCAGCAGCAGUCUCCAUGGCUUGUACUUCAGUGGCUAUUGGCAGUUCUCCAGCUUCUUCAGUGACAAAAGAUAUCAUCUUCAAAGAAUAUACUGGGAUUCAUCGUUCACACUCGAGCAAGGACCUCCGUGAACGAGCUUGCAUGAUCAAAAGAUCUUAUUCUGAUAACCAUAUUUGCUACUCUGCGAGCAAAAUUCAUGCCACAUCAACCCAGCCAAAGAACAAGAAUAAUAAGACGGGAAUUUUUCCUAUCGAGUUAUCUGGCUCUUUUCUUCCUAAUUCAAUUAGAUCAUUUUUGUUUGACAUGGAAACCUCCAAGGACUUGAACGCAGGAGGUUCUGAACUGUGUUCCACUGUGAGUAGUGAAGAAGAGGUGGCAAAGAGAGCAAACUGGAUAGAGAGACUGCUGCAAAUUCGAAGUCAUUGGCGGAUAAAGAAGCAGUCAAAAGAGGGAGGAAUUGAGAAUGAGAUUUAUGCAGAUGACGAAACUGGUGAGAGUUAUUGUGGUGGAGAUGGUGGUGGUGGCUGUGAAGUGGAUUAUUCUGACUCAGAAGAAGAAGGAGACUUUAGUUCUUAUGAUUCUGAAUCAUUUGCAAGAUUUUUAGUCCGAGUUCCAUUAUCUGAUACCAAGCUUAUUUCUCAGCUGGCUUUUCUGUCAAACAUGGCUUAUGUUAUACCAGAAAUAAAGGCAGAGGAUUUGGAAAGAUACUAUGGCCUGCAAUUUGUUACAUCGUCGUUGCGAAAGAAAGCGGAUGCUGCAGCCAUUAUCAAAGAGAAACUGGAUCAGCACUCCACUUGUAUUUCUGAUGAGGCAUUCACUGUUGCUGAAUCUUGUUCAGGGGACUUGGAGAGGACACAAAGAAUCCCCACAACUGUUGCUUAUGAGAUUGCUGCUACUGCUGCAUCUUAUGUUCACUCGAGAGCCAAGAACCCUCCAUCUAAUCCUUCAAAAUCACAAGAGGGAGAGAGCUCAACUCGGGCGUAUAACCCCGAGGUGGCUGCUUAUGUUGCAGCUUCAACGAUGACUGCUGUGGUUGCUGCUGUGGAGCUGCAGAAACAGGAGACAGCAAAGGACCUUCAAUCUCUUCACUCUUCUCCUUGUGAAUGGUUUGUUUGUGAUGAUUCCGACACCCUGACCCGAUGCUUCAUUAUUCAGGGAUCAGAUUCCUUGGCAUCUUGGCAAGCAAAUCUCUUUUUCGAGCCCACCAAAUUUGAGGGAACAGAUGUGCUUGUUCAUAGAGGAAUCUAUGAAGCUGCGAAGGGAAUAUACAAGCAAUUCAUGCCAGAAAUAAUAGACCAUCUGAAAAAAUAUGGAAACCAUGCAAAGUUUCAGUUCACUGGCCAUUCUCUUGGAGGCAGUCUUUCGCUUUUGGUGCACUUGAUGCUAGUGAAGAAUGGGAUUGUCAAACCUUCCAUGCUUCAACCAGUGGUCACCUUUGGCUCGCCCUUCGUGUUCUGCGGUGGACACAAGAUUCUAAACGAAUUGGGCUUGGACGAAGACCAUAUCCACUGCGUCGUAAUGCAUCGAGACAUCGUCCCGAGGGCCUUCUCCUGCAACUACCCGAACCAUGUCGCUGCCGUACUCAAGCGCUUGAGUGGGUCGUUCCGGGCGCAUUCUUGCCUCAACAAAAACAAACUCCUGUACUCCCCACUGGGUAAGCUAUUCAUUCUGCAGCCGGAUGAGAGGUCAUCUCCUCCACACCCUAUGCUUCCUCAGGGCAGUGCCCUCUACAGUUUGGACAGCGCCCAAUAUGGAUACUCCAAAGGUCUCCUAAGGGCGUUUCUGAACUGUCCUCACCCACUUGAGACACUGAGUGACCCUACAGCUUAUGGGUCAGAGGGCAGCAUUUUAAGGGACCAUGACUCAAGUUUCUACCUCAAGGCAUUGAAUGGGGUCCUUAAACAGCACGCAAGGAUGAUUGUUGUGAAAGUGAGAAAGCAGAGGAAAUUGCUAUGGCCAUUACUUGCUUCACCAUCCUCGGACUUGUGGGGCCAUGAAGCAAAUUUGGACACUAAUAAUAGCUUGUUGUCCAAUGAGAUAAUGACAGGUGUUUAAUUGAGUCCAUUUUUCAGUCCUGCUGCGGCUUGGUUGGUGAUCAUCUUGUAAAUCACCUUUGUAAAUGCAUAAAAUAACCAGAAUGAAUCUUUCCAAAAAGGUAUAUUUACUUGUAGGGAUUUCUUUUUCUUUGUAAAAUUAUAGAAAAAAGAGAAUAAAUUGGAGGGAAAGACAAUUCUGCGCCGUAUCCUCAAUCAACAGGCAUGAAAUUAAAGAAGGUUGAAGGCAAAAAUCAUAUGUGGCAAUGAUGUCAUGCAUGCAUGGACAAGUGGGCCGACCAGGUGCUGACAUGGCACACUCAAUGGCGAAGUGGCCGAAUUAUAUUGGGACACAUGUUGGGUGCAGCUGAUGUCCAAGAAAUGUGUGUUGGUGUUACAUAAAUUGAGUGGAUGAAUAAUAAUCAGCACGUGGCAUACGGGCUUGGAAAGGAGAAAAAGUCAACGUUUGCAUGGUUUCAUGUCGUUAGAGAUACGUUAUAAUGUGAUUUUAGGCAUCAAGUCAAUGCAAAAUUUGUGUAAUUUUCCUA